AUGGAAGUAUGUCAUUUGGUAAGAGAUCUAGAAAUUCAACCAAUGAUUUGGAAGUUUCAUCCAAGUAAAAGAGAUGAAAUUCAUCGAGCUUAUCUUAAAGCUGGACCAAAUCAAUCAAUACUUGAUAAUUAUCCAUUCAUGAGCGAUACAAGUCAUCGUCGUCGGUUUCAAGCUUCUUGGUUUGAAUUAUACCCUUCAUGGUUAGAGUAUUCUAUUGAAGAUGAUGCUGUAUAUUAUUUACCAUGCUACCUAUUUGCUAUGGAAUCUUCAAUCAACACAUAUUCAAAUGCUUUCAUUGAAAAUGACUUUAGGAAUUGGAAGAAGGUAAAUAGUAGAAAAGAUUGUCCUCUUUUGAAUCACAUUGGCAAAGGCCCCAAUUCGUUCCAUCAUAGGGCAACGAAAUCAUGUGAUGAUUUGAUGAAGAAAUCACAACAUGUUGAUACACUUAUGAAACAACAAACAUCAGAGAAAAUUGAGAAUAAUCAACGUAGACUUGGAGCAUCUAUUGAUUAUAUUAGAUGGUUGACUUCUCAAGGUUGCGCUUAUAGAGUUCAUGAUGAAAGCUCGAGUUCAGAUAAUCGAGGUCACUUUAUUGAAUUGUUAAAGUUUUUGAGUUCUUACAAUAGUAGUGUUCAGAAGCUUAUUUUGGAAAAUGCUCCUAGAUUUGCUAAAUAUACUUCAAGUGAUGUUCAUAAAGAAAUUCUACAUGUUCUUGCUACAAUGGUGAGAAAUUCAAUUAGAAAGGAUAUUGGAGAUGCCAAAUUUUGUAUCAUCAUUAAUGAAGCUCGUGAUAAAUCUAAAAAAGAGCAAAUGGCUAUUAUUUUGAGAUUUGUUGAUGUGGAUGGUUUUGUUCGUGAACGCUUCUUUGAUCUUGUACAUGUUAUUGAUACUAGUGCCUUGACUUUGAAAAAAGAAUUGGUGUCUGUGCUUUCUAUUUAUAAUCUUCAAAUUGAAAAUAUUCGAGGUCAGGGAUAUGAUGGUGCUAGCAAUAUGAGAGGAGAAUGGAAUGGUUUACAAGCUUUAUUUCUCAAUGAUUGUCGACAAGCAUAUUAUGUCCAUUGUUUUGCUCAUAGAUUGCAAUUAGCACUAGUGGCUGCUUCAAGGGAAGUACUUCAAAUUCAUGAGUUUUUCACACAAUUGACUGUUAUUGUCAAUAUUGUUGGUGCAUCUUACAAACGACAUGAUCAACUACAAGAAGCUCAAGAAAUUGAAAAUACAAAAUUGAUUGCCAAUGAUGAGCUAGACACAGAUCAAGGUGCAAAUCAAAUGGGCACUUUACAAAGAGUUGGAGAUACAAGAUGGAGUUCUCACUUUCAUUCUAUUUGUAGUUUGAUAAGAAUAUUUGCAGCUACUCAUAUCGUUUUUAAUAACAUUAUUGAUGAUGGUACAACUUCUGCUCAAAGAGGUGAGGCUUAUGGUGUCAACAAAGUGCUAUUCUCGUUUGAAUUUGUUUUUUCGUUACAUUUGAUGAAGAAAAUUAUGGGGAUUACUAAUAUUUUGUGCCAAGCAUUACAACAAAAAUUCCAAGUUAUUUUGAAUGCAAUGCAUGUUGUUUCCACAUCAAAACUACUUCUUCAAAAAUUGAGGGAUAAUGAUUGGUGCAAUUUACUUGAGAUUGUUAAGAAAUUUUGUGAGAAACAUGAAAUUGAUAUCCCUGAUAUGAAUACACAAUACACAAUCAACCAAAGAUAA